AUGAGCCAACCAAAUUCUGAUGGAAGAAGUGAAAUUCUGAACAUGAUUGCUGAGAAGACUCUAGAUGGAAGAGAAUCUGUAUGCACAGGGUGCUCACCAUUGUGUUACUCCGGAUCUCCUCCAGGAAGAACAGAUAACCCGUUGGUUCACGACGUGCAAUUCAUUCAUCAGAUGGAGCUUUGUCACCUUUAG